CUGUUUCCAAAGAGACCCCCGGCUCAACGUCGAAAGUUGCAUUGCUUGACUAACUGCUACUUCAUUAAUUAAAGAAGCGCAGACAGUUUAGAGAUCCAUUUUGAUUUAUUCCAUCACACCCCAAAGCCAAAAAUGAAUUACAACUACAAUCACUAUUACCUUGAAUGAUCAACUAUAGACAUACUUUUGACUUUAGGGAACUCCUGGAGUAACUGGUUCAGUAAUGUGGGAUAGUGGAGUUGUUCUUGGAAAAUUCUUAGAGCAUGCUGUGGAAUCAGAAGCAAUUUCUCUGCACGAAAAGAAGGUUGUUGAAUUAGGAUCUGGCUGUGGAUUAGUGGGGUGCAUCACUGCCUUUUUGGGUGCUCGGGUUAUUCUUACUGAUCUCCCAGAUAGAUUGAGAUUACUGAAGAAAAAUGUUGAAGCUAAUUUGUAUGGAGAUGUAAAAGGUUCAGCAACAGUGACUGAACUCACUUGGGGAGACGAACUCGAUCCUGUUCUGUGUAAUCCUUUGCCUGAUUAUGUUUUGGGUUCGGAUGUCAUUUAUAGCGAAGCAGCAGUAAUGGAUUUGUUGGAAACACUGAAAGACCUAUGCAGUUCUCAUACAACAAUUGUUUUAGCUGGUGAACUUAGAAAUGAUGCCAUCCUUGAAUACUUCUUGGAAGCAGUGUCAAAGGAGUUCAUUGUGGGGCGUGUUGAUAAGAUGCAUUGGCAUCCAGAUUACCUCACUCCGCGUGUCGUGAUUUACAUUUUGGUGAAGAGGUAGAAAUAUGGAAACCCAAAUGUUACCUUUGGGCCGGAGCCGUUGGAUCAACGACUUAGGUCCCACUAAUCAAGAUGCUAGGCCCACUAUGCCUGUUGUUGGAUGACUAAGGUUGGCUACGCAGAGUGCCGCAUGGUAGAGAAUCCGCUUCUUAUCCAUUCAUGGUUUUGGUUCUACUUGACGCCUUUCAAUAUUUCUAGGGCAUUGCUUAAGUUAUUGUUUGCUUUGCAUUGAGAAAGUCUUGAUGUUUUGUAAAACAACAAACAAACUCAGUAAAAUCCCACAGAAAGCUGGGUCAGUGGAGGGUGUGUGUGGAUCCAGACUUUACCUCUACUCGAAACUAGAGAUUGUAUCCAUAUAAAAGAGGUUAUUUUGG